AUGCCGACCAAUACAGCGCAAACGCCUACCGCCUCGCGGAAUCAGCCUACGAGAGAGCAGCAGGAGCCUGGGAAUUCGAGCGCCGCGAAGCCAAAGAAGAAGAACCGCAAUCGCAAACGCCGCAAUCGCAGGCAAUCCUUUAUUGCAUCUGAAGACUCGGGUCCAAUUGUGUCUGAACUUUCAGGAGGACUGGUGCGCACGAAUCCCGACCAAAUACAAGAACGUGCGCCAUUCUAUAGAGGCCGGAAUAUAAGUAAUACAAGCUUGGAGAGUGAAGCAUUGUUGGACCAUCGAGAUCAACCCAUGAUGCGGCCUCGACGUGAUAGUCGACUCAGUCAAUCUUUCCGCCCCGAAUCGUUCAACCGGUCAGGUUCUUAUUUCCCGGGCGUGGAGGGACCAAGUCCCGGCCAACAGCGCUCAAACUUUAGAUACCAACAGAAUCUAUAUGAUCAAGGUGAAAUUGAGGAAGAUGAGCAAGAAGGUAGACACAUUACUGACCGGACUCCGCUAAUACCACCAUUGCGAACUGCAAGCCCAACAAAGCUUGGGUAUGGCACGGAUGCAAGAUCUCCGUACUCGUCAUCAGGGAGACAUCGAAGGCAAUCACACGAUACUGCAUCCUCGCCUCCUGCUACCGGUUCUCAGGAAUAUGAUGUCAAUAAUCCUCCAUCGGUUCCGGGAACGCCUAAACUGGGCGUCACGGAUAUGGGCUAUGAUGAUGCCAUGGUCACCGGGUUAGAGUUUCCCCAAGGAGGUCGAUCACCUGAUAUACGACGAAGUUCAGUUGACCUGCUUCGCGAUGCAGUCAUUAAUAUGGAAGGCGGAGGUAUUAGUACCGCGAGAAAAGGAGAUUCGAGAGCGUCGUCACCUCCAACGGCGUCUCCAGAUGGUUUACGUCGCCGACGUACCAUUACCGUCCCUGCGGAGGAAGACGUAUGCUUUCCAUCGGAAAUAGCAGAAGAUUUUCAACCUCAAACGCAUGACUCGGAGACAGGGGAACGACGGCGCCGGCGAAGGCGAGAGUGGCCUGAUCUCUCUGUUCUGGAGGAGUGGAGUCGUGAAGAAAAGGAGGAGCGAAGUCUUGAGUACCGCGUGAAGAAGAUCAGCGAACCUGUCCUCGUUGGUGGACGUUUACGCCCACAAUACAUCGGGUGGCGGCGAGAGGAGGAGGAUGCUCCGUAUAGAUUUACGUACUUCAAUGAGGAAUUUCAGAGUACAAUACACGCGCAGACGAUAUCUGAGCUUAUCCAACCGGGAGGAAGCUUUAGGGAUCUGUUCAUUCCUGAUCCACCAGAACUUGAGGACUCUUCUGAUGACGAAGAGGAUUUGAUUUCGCUGCAUGAGCCACCUUCCAACUCCAACUCUAAUGCCAACCGCAAUAGUCAAAGCAAUUUAAGCGGCAAUUAUUCCGGUUCUGGUGUUGAUAAUGGGGUUAUAAACAGUCGAGGGACCAACACCCCUGCUCGUGAUGCACAGCGAGAAAGCGGAAAUCAGUCGAACAACAAUCGCAGCAGCAGCGACAACAACAACAACAACAACCGCUCAGAUACACAGACACAAACAUCAACCCAGCAAGACACAAACCGGGAAUCAAAGCCCAAACGCUACGGACCGCGGCCAACCUGGUGGCUUGACGUUCUAUGCCCCACCGACGCUGAAAUGCGCGUCAUCUCCAAGGCAUUUGGGAUCCAUGCCCUAACCGCAGAGGACAUCAUGAUGCAAGAAGCUCGUGAAAAAGUCGAGUUGUUCCGAAACUACUAUUUUUUGAACUAUCGCACCUUUGAGCAAGAUCCCAAUAGCGAUAACUAUCUUGAGCCUGUGAAUAUGUACGUCGUCGUUUUUCGAGAGGGGUGUCUGAGUUUCCAUUUCUCGCAGACGCCGCACCCAGCGAACGUGCGUCGGCGCAUUCGACAGUUACGGGAUUAUCUGAUUCUAAGCUCGGACUGGAUCUCGUACGCGUUGAUCGACGAUAUCACAGACGUAUUCGGCCCACUUAUUCAAACAAUUGAAAACGAAGUCGACGAAGUCGACGACACGAUUAUGCAAAUGCACAACACCGUGGACGAUUAUACAGGUAACGGUAACGGCAGCAAUGACACUAGCAACAAUAAGAACGACACACAACCCGCAUCCUCAAUAGCACCCGGUGAAAUGCUACGACGAGUAGGCGAAGCCCGUAAGAAGGUGAUGGGAAUGUAUCGACUACUCAGCAACAAGGCAGAUGUCAUCAAAGGGUUCGCAAAACGAUGUAAUGAGCAAUGGGAAGUUGCGCCGAAAUCCGAGAUUGGGCUUUAUUUGGGUGAUAUUCAGGAUCAUAUUAUGACUAUGACCAGUAAUCUUACGCAUUAUGAAACUCUCCUCUCCCGAGCCCAUUCAAACUACCUAGCCCAAAUCAACAUCCUCAUGAACGAACGCCAGGAACGAACAGCAGACGUGCUAGGCAAACUGACCGUUCUAGGAACCAUCGUCUUACCCAUGAACAUCAUCUGCGGUAUGUGGGGUAUGAACGUCAAAGUCCCUGGUCAGGAGGUUGAUAAUCUAUAUUGGUUUUGGUCCAUAACGGCUGGACUUGUAUUCUUUGGCGUUGCAUCGUUUCUGAUUGCGAAGAGAGUAUAUAGGAUUGUCUGA